CCAAAUCCACAAAUCGGUCGUGACUCGUGAACUUCUGCUUAUUAUUUUUAAGAUCCUUAAUAACUGAACAUAUAUACAAAUACAUAAUGAUUCUGUACAAGAUUUCAAACGUAUUAGCGUUAUCAAUAUUGUGGAUUCUUCUCAUAAUUCAAGUAACAGAAGGUUCUAAAGCAGAGUUUGUUACGUGCGGCACCAUACUAAAAAUAAUGAAUGUGGAUUUGCGUCUGAGGCUGCAUUCGCAUGAUGUGAAGUACGGCUCGGGCUCCGGCCAGCAAUCCGUCACCGCUGUCGACGCCGCGGACGACUACAACAGUCACUGGCUGGUUCGCGCUCCCAUGGGCGAGACGUGUAAAAGAGGAGAGCCUAUUAAGUGCAACUCCAACAUCCGUCUCCAUCAUGUAUCCACUAAGAAGAAUCUCCACUCACACUAUUUCUCAUCUCCAUUGUCUGGCAACCAAGAGGUGUCUUGCUACGGCGACGAUGGCGGCGAAGGAGACAGCGGCGAUCACUGGACUGUGGUCUGCAACAAUGACUACUGGAGAAGAGACACCCCAAUUAAGUUGAGACAUGUUGACACUGCUGCGUUUUUGGCUGGUUCAGGACGCACAUUUGGUCGGCCCAUCAGUGGACAGGGUGAGAUUGUGGGUGUCACUUCACAGUAUGGGGCUUAUACUGACUGGCAGGCUAAAGAGGGCUUGUUUGUUCAUCCUAGUGACCCACUACCCAUGCAGCACGCAAUCCACACAGAAUUAUAAUGUCAGGCCCAAUCAUAUUUAGGUUUUUGCCAGAUUGACUAAAUAUGAAUAUUGUGUACACUCCCCUAAUUUAUAAAUCAUUCAUAAGUUUAUACUACACUACCUCCUCCAAAACUGAAAACAAAAGUUAAGCUAAUUACAAUUGCUUACCUUUAAAAGCUAUAACUAUGCAGAUAUUUCUGCUACAACUAUUGGUCGGUUUAGUGCUAGUUUACUUGACAAACAAUACUGUAUUCUUUGGUACUAACUAUCCUUCAUAAAAUAAACAUUAUUAAACUUUCAGAGGUUAAGCGUGUAUUAAGUAUAUUCAACAUCAAAUAUGUUAAGACUCUCAACAAUUUGUCUAUGUAACACAGCAAUACCUAUUAAGUAAGUACAUCAUUUGUCCAUUAAAUCAGAUAUAUGACGUGAUCUUUACCCAGUACUAAAGAGAUAGUUCCAAAGUGCAUUAUUUAUAAUAAUUAUAAAUGUAACCUUCAUUGGUUUCAAACAGGUCCUCAGACAAUGACAGUGCAGCGGAUAAGUUAAUACCUAUCACUCACUGUAAUUCAAAUAUUAUUGUUGUGCACGGUAUGCUUUACUAGUCUGUACUGUACCAAUAUGAGGUGCACAGUAUACGCACUUGAGGUGCACAGUAUACGCACUUGCUAAAUCGGUGUAUUCCCUUCAUGGGAUAGAUGGGAAUGAUUUAUAUGAAUGCAUCUAUGUCUAGCGGGGAUAAAUGGGAAUACGCCACCGGAAAUAAGUUAACUGAGGUAUGUAAAGAGAUCUAGUAGGAAAGCAUAUUAAUACAAAGGAUACUUACUACUCAAGAAUUUGGUCCUGGAUAGUUUUUAACCUGGAUGAAAUGCCUGUCACAAGAAUAGAGUUCCUGUUUCUUUUAAUUUCAAGCUCAUUCCAAAAUAAUCGGUAACAUAAGGUUUAUGUGAUACUUAUUUCUAAGUUGUGGUUAAUUCUUAGACCAUUAAUUGUAUGCUGUUUUGAUUUUCAAUUUUAUAAAGACGUUUUGCUACGAAACUUAAUCCAGUUUCAGUGAUGGAAUUGUAAUAAAAAAUAAAUAAACGAUAUAGGUACGUAGUAAAA